AUGCAAUCACAUGUAUACUCUGUAAACAAGGAUGAUUUAAUAUUAAUCGUUUUAAGUAUAUUUAUACCACCAGUCGCGGUAAUUAUUAGAAAGGGUUUCUUCUCAAGAGAUUUUCUUUUAAACUUAUUGUUAUUUUUAAUCUUUUUCUUUCCCGCCAUUAUUCAUGCCUUUUAUGUUAUUUAUGAGACAUCAACUCAAAGACCAUAUAAUAAUACCAAUGGCUCAUCUACCACAGUAUCCAUUUCUAAUGUAGUUGCAACUGAAGAUCAAUUGCCAUUGGCAUCUAAUGUUGAUGGGUUAAACAAUGGUAAUUUCAACAUUGAUUUAGAACGUGAUGGUAAUAAGGGAGAUUUACCAAAUUAUGAAGAAGUUGCAGGCCAUAAACAUGUAACAGAUAACAAGAUUCAACAUUGA